GGGGACUGCGCGGCAUGGCUGGUGAGGGGUGUUUUGGGGGGCGCUGGCGGUGGGGGGAGCUCUCCGGAGCCCCCGCGCGCCCUGCUCGUUGUUAGCUAUGGCAAAUGGCAGCGGCGUCGGCAGCAGCAGCAGCGCCUCGGGAGGCAGCGGCGGCAUUAGAAUGAGUAACAGCAUCAGCGCCAGCAAUCUCAACACGGACUCGUCCUCGUCCCCGGUCAGCGUGCCCAAGAUGGAUGCGCUCAUCAUCCCGGUGACCAUGGAGGUGCCCUGCGAUAGCCGCGGACAGCGCAUGUGGUGGGCUUUCCUCGCCUCGUCCAUGGUCACGUUCUUUGGCGGGCUCUUUAUCAUCCUGCUCUGGAGGACCCUCAAGUACCUGUGGACCGUCUGCUGUCACUGCGGGGUCAAAAACAAGGAGGCCCAGAAGAUUAAUGCUGGUGGGGAAACCCAGGCUGAUGGAACCUGCAAACCUACAGAUGAAAAAGAGGAGACUGUUGCAGCAGAAGUGGGCUGGAUGACCUCUGUGAAAGACUGGGCAGGAGUGAUGAUAUCUGCCCAGACUCUAACCGGCAGAGUCCUUGUUGUCUUAGUCUUUGCUCUUAGUAUUGGUGCUCUUGUAAUAUACUUCAUAGAUUCGUCAAACCCAAUAGAAUCCUGCCAGAAUUUCUACAAAGAUUUCACGUUACAGAUAGACAUGGCUUUCAACGUGUUCUUCCUACUCUACUUCGGCUUGCGUUUCAUUGCAGCCAAUGACAAGCUGUGGUUUUGGCUGGAAGUUAACUCGGUAGUAGAUUUCUUCACAGUCCCUCCAGUGUUUGUGUCAGUGUAUUUAAACAGAAGUUGGCUUGGUUUAAGAUUUUUAAGAGCCCUUAGACUGAUACAGUUUUCAGAAAUUUUGCAGUUUCUGAAUAUCCUAAAAACAAGUAAUUCCAUCAAGCUGGUGAAUCUGUGCUCUAUAUUUAUCAGCACAUGGCUGACAGCAGCUGGGUUCAUACAUUUGGUGGAGAACUCAGGGGAUCCAUGGGAAAAUUUCCAAAAUAACCAACCACUUACAUAUUGGGAAUGUGUUUAUUUACUAAUGGUUACAAUGUCCACUGUUGGCUAUGGAGAUGUUUAUGCAAAAACAACCCUUGGUCGCCUUUUCAUGGUCUUCUUCAUCCUCGGGGGAUUGGCCAUGUUUGCCAGCUACGUCCCUGAAAUCAUAGAGUUAAUAGGAAACCGCAAGAAAUAUGGUGGUUCCUAUAGUGCGGUUAGUGGAAGAAAGCACAUAGUUGUCUGUGGUCACAUAACACUUGAAAGUGUGUCCAACUUCCUGAAGGACUUCCUGCACAAGGACAGAGAUGAUGUGAACGUGGAAAUCGUCUUUCUGCAUAAUAUCUCCCCUAACCUUGAGCUGGAAGCUCUUUUUAAACGACACUUCACUCAGGUGGAAUUUUAUCAGGGUUCAGUUCUCAAUCCGCAUGACCUGGCAAGAGUAAAGAUAGAGUCAGCAGAUGCAUGCCUAAUCCUUGCCAAUAAAUACUGCGCUGACCCAGAUGCUGAAGAUGCCUCCAAUAUUAUGAGAGUAAUUUCCAUAAAGAAUUACCAUCCGAAGAUAAGAAUUAUCACUCAGAUGCUGCAGUAUCAUAACAAGGCCCAUCUGCUAAAUAUCCCAAGCUGGAAUUGGAAAGAAGGGGAUGACGCAAUCUGUCUUGCUGAGCUCAAGCUGGGUUUCAUAGCCCAGAGCUGCCUGGCACCGGGCCUCUCGACAAUGCUAGCCAACCUCUUCUCUAUGAGGUCAUUCAUAAAGAUUGAGGAGGAUACGUGGCAGAAAUACUAUCUAGAAGGAGUCUCAAAUGAAAUGUAUACAGAAUAUCUAUCUAGUGCCUUUGUGGGUCUGUCUUUCCCUGCAGUUUGUGAACUGGUGUUUGCGAAGCUAAAGCUCUUAAUGAUAGCCAUAGAAUACAAGUCAGAAAAACGGGAAAGCAGUAUAUUAAUCAAUCCUGGAAACCACGUCAAGAUUCAAGAAGGUACUUUAGGAUUCUUCAUUGCAAGUGAUGCCAAAGAAGUGAAAAGGGCAUAUUUUUACUGCAAGGCCUGUCAUGAUGACAUCACAGAUCCCAAAAGGAUAAAAAAAUGUGGCUGCAAACGGCCCAAGAUGUCCAUCUACAAGAGAAUGAAACUGGCAUGUUGUUUUGAUUGCGGACGCUCUGAGCGUGACUGCUCUUGCAUGUCAGGCAGUGUACAUAGUAACAUGGACACCCUUGAGAGAGCCUUCCCACUUUCUUCUGUCUCUGUUAAUGAUUGCUCCACCAGUUUACGUGCCUUUGAAGAUGAACAUCCGUCGACACUGUCACCCAAAAAAAAGCAGCGAAAUGGAGGCAUGAGAAAUUCACCCAACUCCUCGCCCAAACUGAUGAGGCAUGACCCCUUGUUAAUUCCCGGCAAUGAGCAGAUUGACAACAUGGAUGCCAGUGUGAAAAAAUAUGACUCCACGGGGAUGUUUCAUUGGUGUCCAGGAAAGGACAUUGAAAAGGUCAUUUUGACACGGAGUGAAGCAGCAAUGACAGUUUUAAGUGGUCAUGUGGUCGUUUGCAUAUUCGGGGAUGCUAAGUCUGCAUUGAUUGGCGUAAGAAAUCUAGUGAUGCCAUUACGAGCCAGCAACUUUCACUACCAUGAACUCAAGCACAUUGUGUUUGUGGGUUCACUUGAAUAUCUGAAAAGGGAAUGGGAGACACUACAUAACUUCCCCAAGGUUUCAAUCUUGCCUGGUACACCAUUAAGUCGGGCUGAUUUAAGGGCUGUCAACAUCAACCUCUGCGACAUGUGCGUUAUCCUGUCAGCCAAUCAGAAUAAUAUUGAUGAUGCUUCGCUGCAGGACAAGGAAUGCAUCUUGGCGUCACUCAACAUCAAAUCUAUGCAGUUUGAUGACAGCAUUGGGGUCUUGCAGGCUAAUUCCCAAGGGUUUACGCCACCAGGAAUGGAUAGGUCAUCUCCAGACAACAGUCCAGUCCAUGGUCUGUUACGUCAACCCUCAAUCACAACAGGAGCCAACAUACCUAUUAUAACAGAGCUAGUAAAUGAUUCAAACGUUCAGUUUUUGGACCAAGACGAUGACGACGACCCAGACACAGAAUUGUAUCUUACACAGCCAUUUGCAUGUGGAACUGCAUUCGCCGUCAGUGUAUUGGACUCCCUCAUGAGCGCUACAUACUUCAAUGACAAUAUCCUCACACUGAUACGGACGUUGGUAACAGGAGGAGCCACACCAGAGCUGGAAGCGCUGAUUGCUGAGGAGAAUGCACUGAGAGGAGGCUACAGCACACCCCAGACACUUGCAAACAGGGACAGGUGUCGAGUUGCUCAGUUGGCUUUGUAUGAUGGGCCAUUUGCAGACCUAGGGGAUGGUGGUUGUUAUGGAGAUCUGUUUUGUAAAGCACUGAAAACAUACAAUAUGCUUUGUUUUGGAAUUUACCGAUUGAGGGAUGCACAUCUAAGCACACCUAGCCAAUGCACUAAACGCUAUGUUAUCACAAAUCCACCCUAUGAGUUUGAGCUUGUGCCCACAGACUUGAUCUUCUGUUUGAUGCAAUUUGACCACAAUGCUGGCCAGUCCCGGGCCAGUCUCUCUCAUUCCUCCCAUUCUUCCUACUCCUCCAGCAAAAAGAGCUCAUCGGCUCACUCUAUCCCAUCGACAGCAAACCGACAGAACCGCACCAAGACUCGGGACUCCCGGGAAAAACAGAAUGCAACAAGGAUGAAUAGAAUGGGCCAAGCAGAAAAGAAAUGGUUUACAGAUGAGACGGAUAAUGCCUAUCCCAGAAACAUUCAAAUCAAGCCCAUGAGCACUCACAUGGCCAAUCAGAUCAAUCAGUAUAAAUCUACAAGCAGCUUGAUACCACCAAUCAGAGAAGUUGAAGAUGAAUGUUGACUCACAGGAGGCCAGAACUAUUUUUUUAAAAGCCUGACAAACUUCAUGAAUGGUGAUGUGACAUUUAUUCCUUUUACAUGCCGACCCACUGGUGGAAAAGUUAUGAAGGGCGAGUGUUAUGGAAAAAUAAAGUAGACAGAUCUUUGUUUGUCUGCCUUUAAUAUUGCUUCCAUGUAUUUUGGAAACUAUUUCAUUUAUAAAUGAACAUAAUCAAAAAUAGUCAUGUAUAGCCUCUAGCAUUUUAAAUUAUUUUUAUUUAUUAGAAAGAAAAUAUAUUUUUCUUUUUGUUUUUUUUCAUUGUCAAGGUUUUUUCCCUUAAAACAGCUGCAUAUGUGGCCAGACUCCUAAAAUUUUACAAAAAAAAAAAAAUCUACUCUUGCUAUCUCUCAUCUUUGAGGAGAAUGAUGGUCACAAUUAUGAGGAAAUGUCACCAAGGGAGAUAAAUAAUAUAUUAAAAAAUACAAGGUCCAACUUGUAUUUUAAUAAAUCAAAAAAGAAGAAAAAAAAGAACAGUUCACCAACAUGUUUCUUUACUGGAGACUAUGUAUUUUGUUCAGCAUUGACACCAGCUCUUAAUAAACUGAAACAUAUUUAUUUUCAACGCUGAAAGUCAUAUUUUUGUAGAAUUAACAUUCUUUCUGAACUAUUCAUCGUUUUAUUACCAUAUACAGUGAAGACCUUCCUAACAAUCAUCUUAAGCGCCGGUAAAUUUAAGGUCCAAAACAACCAAAACCAUGCAUUGGUAACUUUCUAUGACAAUAGGGUAGUGAACAUUAGUGUAAAACAAAGGGCAUGCAGAUAAGAUGCUCAUAGUGGCACUUUCUUAUAGGUUGCAAAAUGUGCAAUUCUGCUUUGCUUCAUGUUACAUAUUAUCAAUCAGCACUCGCCGACUCAAGGAGUUCAACCUUGGAAAAUCCUCUUCUUUUGCCAGGUUUCUGAGUAUUUUAAUGCAGGGUGUCUAAACAGCGCAUCAGACCAUGAUAUUCUUAACCCACUCAUCUACUGUAUUUAACUGAGUUCAUGUUUAAAACUACUAGAGUUGUACCUGAACCCAUCUCUGUCUGAGCCAAACACUUCUUGAAAUGUGGCGAAGUUUGGGUCCAUAGCACAAUUUUGCUGAGGGCCCAUGUUUCAGCAACAGAUAGAAUCAAAACCCCAGCUCUGAGCACACCUGCACUUUAGGUGAGUUCAGAUCAGGGUAGAAACUUUGCAGCUCAGGCUCGUGUCUCAACUUGUUGUUGCCAGUUAAUUUCUGUAAAAAUGUUUUAAAUGUUAUUGUUUGCUUAUUUCUUUAAGUUGCUGGGACUCCACUCAUAAAGGUACAGUGAUAACCAAAACAAAACAAAAGUAAUGAAUGUAUUUAAUAUAACUUACAAAAAGCCUUUGAAAAGCUGCCUACAGUGAAAUCAAUUGUGUCAGCAGUUUCACAAAGUGUCCAACAAGCUUUAUAGCCAUCAGACAAAAUUGUGAUGUUUCAUAUCUGUGCUGCAGUAUGUAUUCACCCAGGCAUUUGAUGUUCUAAGCGAUUUAGCAACUCUCUCAAUUUCAAAUUAACAUUUGAUACAACUGGAUGAAAGGAUGAGUUAUUGAGGAUAAAGAAGGCCCCGCAGGAAAAGAAAGGUAGGGUCCCAUUGCACAAGUUAACUUUAGGCUUUGUACUUUUGCAGAGUUGCAAAACACCAAGAUAAAACAUACUGUGGUACUAUUAUCGUAGGAAAAAUAUCAGUGAAUCAGAAACAUACAAAGCUGCUGAAUUUACUGUGAAAAGAACGUCCACUAUAUAAUCCAACAUUUAAGCUAAACUAUCUCAGCUUCAAUGUUUGUUCUGGCUGCAGUACAAAUAUAACCAUACUGCCACCUAAACAGGCUUUAUUCUGGAGUGACUUUUUGGACUGUGACUACUUUGUUGUUACAUUUUGUAGAUUAGUUAUUUAAAAAAAAAAACAACAAGAAUUGUGAAUAUAAUGUAUGUAAAAUUGGAUUGUUUAAAAAUAUUUAUAAUCACUAUCCUACAAAGAAACAAAAUAACUUGAGCAGUUUUUAUUCAUAUUUAACCCAUUUCACAAUACCCAAAAUAAGGGAAGAAUCUGGUGGUUUUGAUUUGUUACCACUUUAGCUAAUGGCAGGCUAUAAUUUGCAUUCUGGUUUUGCAUUGGGUCACUUUAAACCUUUCCUUUAAAGUCAGUACUCCUUUUUCAUUCAUGAACUGAAAUAAUUUUAUUACCAGAGUAAAAAGUUGGCCUCAAUCCCAAUAGAAUUGUUGAAAUUUGUGUCAAUCUUAGCCAUAUGCAUUUGAUUUUUAUAGGUCACUUGUUUUAUGGCAGGCAGAGGAAAUUAUUUCUGUAACAUUCAACUUAAGAGUACUUAAAAUUAUUGUGCACAGUGCCAUUUCUUAGCAUCCUUCCUUUCAAUAAAAACUUUACAUGAGAAUAAAAAAAAAACCCCACCAGCAUUGCUGAGGCCUGUGUGUCUGUGUCUGCUGUUGAACUAAUACCCCAUAACAGCGUGAUUGCCACUAUAACUAAGUCUUGGGCAACACAAGAACCAGAUCUAUUAAUACAGGUAAUUGCCAUAGCAUCCAUUUAUACAAACAGAUGUGGGGGCUGUAAAUAAUUAACAACAAACAUUUCCUACUCUUUCCUUUGAUUCCUAAAGAGUUUUUGAGGCAAAGGUUUGGAUUUGGUAAGUUUUUGACAGACAUGUAGAACAGCUGUGGCUCAGGUUCACUCUAGUAAUACUGUAUUCGGUAGAACCAUGUAUAGUGAGUUAUAUGGAGGACAGGAAAGUUCCAGUUUUUAGACCUUUUGCCAUUAAAAACAAUGGUCAAAUGGAGGCAAUGUGUGUGCUCUGUCCUCUAUACCCAUCCUGCCAUAUAUUCAGUGUUGUAGGUCCAUAGUGCAGUAAUUAGAGUUGGGACAGGUCUAUUAAAUCUAUCCCUCUGCCAUGACAAGAUGUAGUCCCCCUGAUGCAGGACAUAUCAAAUACUAAACUGAUACUUCACUGGUCAAAAGGCCAUGAAGCUGCAAUACAAUUUGUGUAUGUGUGCAUGUGUAUGUGUCAGUCAUCAGGGCCCCUCAAGCAAAGUGACUACUGGAAUGUCACAGGGCCUAAUUCUCAUUUGAGAUGGACAUGCUCAACUCGUGCUGUCUUGAAUGGGAGCCCAUGGCUCACAGCUAAGGGCAGAGAGAUAGAUCGGAAUCACUGAAGGUGUUAAUCACCCUACGGCAGAGGGCUAGCAAAAAAGCUCUCAGAACUACUUAGGGCCCUGCACUGGGGGAGCAGCUGCUCAGCUGCAUCUCUACAUUAGCAGGGAUACAGGGAGAAGGCCACAUGAUCUGCAGUAAUGAGGACCCAGACAAGUUGCAUGGAGGAGCUGAUGUCUCUUAGGGUGACCAGAUAGCAACUGUGAAAAAACGGGACAGGUGGUGGGGGGUAAUAGGCACCUAUAUAAGAAAAAGUCCCCAAAAAUGGGACUGUCCCUUUAAAAACAGGACAUCUGGUCACCCUAAUGUCUCUAUUCCAGCCCCGUGGCUGGAGAAGCAGCUGCAGGUGGGGAGGCGGACUGCACCAGCCCACGUUGAAGGUGAGGGUGAAUUUUGCCUUAUCCCAACUGACAGCAUAUUUAGCCAAAUAAAGCCCCAUGACUCAGGCUUUAUGCAUGUGACACCAAGUGACAAGAAUUUUUCACCCUUAACAAAAUAGAUGACUGGAUAAAUGAGGCAUGCUGGUUUAUAAGGGAGACACCUUUUCCUCUCCACACGCAUCUUGGUAAUGUGCAGUGAUGAGGAAGGAAGUACAGAAAAAUAUAUUAUGUUUUAAAUGAAGUUUUGAUAAAAUAUUACAUUUCUAAAAAUUUGCCAGAGGACAACUUGGGUCCUUUAAGGGUCUGAAGUACACAGAGAAAAAACAAAGCAAGCGAACUCUAUUUGUGCCCUUAGAAAUUUUGCAAUAAUCGGAUGCAUAAAUUACAGCACAACAAGAGCAAUAAUUUACAAAUGAGUAAUUAUGCAUGUUUUCACUGCCUUUUGCAUGCCCUACAAUCCAUAGCUAUGUUAGCAACAGCCCCAUUAUAGAUAUCCCAGUCUCAAAGUUACUGUACAAAGCCUUAACUGGAAGCACAUUCACAACGGUAUCAAGAAGCCAACGAGUUUUGAAAUAUACUUGUAUUCAGUGUUGUAGCAAUUAUUACUGCACAUUCCCCUACCCCCAUAUUUGUUUCUAUUUUUUUUAAUUAUGUUCUGAAAGCAAAACAAAUAAAAGGGAGGGAGGGAAGGAGGGAGAGUGCAAAGGCUCUUACAGUGUCUUUGCGUGGCCCACAUAGCUUUCCUUGGUUUGGGCAGAAAACUCUUAUCAAAGUCUAUGGGAGCUGUAUGGGAAAAGAGCAUGUUCCUCAUGGUUCACAGUUUGCUAGCUUUCUUCCACAGCACCAGUCUGUAAAAUUUUGAUGCUGCUUUUAAAUCAAGUACUAAGAUAGGAGCCCAACUGGUACAUAAAAAUCCUGAUAACUAAGGCCCUGAUAUAGCAAAGCAUUUAAGUGCGUAGAUAGUUCCACUGUAUUAGCCACAUUCAAGUAAAUGAGACUAUGCACUUGCUUAAAAUUAAGCACGUGCUUCGAGCCCUUUGUUGGAUCUGGGCCAAACUGAAGACAUCUUUAACCAGGUUUUUUAUAGGGUCUGUUAUAAUUUAUUUUGUGUGUUUUCAGAUCUUCAACAGAAACAAAUGUUUUUACUUUAAAUAUGACCCACUGCAAGUCGUAGGUACUAACAAUGUUCACAAAGGUGAAUACAAUACAAUAUAAGCAUAAUUCAGGUGUGUUCAGUAUGAGUGAAAUUCUCCACUGUGCAGAGUUGUCAACACAAAGCCAAUGGUACAACUUAAGCUUUGAGAUGUUAAGAGGCAUUAUACUAAAAUCCAGAAGUUAGCAAUUCUGUACCUUUGCAGAAAUACCAUAUGGUUAUAUGCUUUAAAAGCCUUUGGCCACAGAGAUCCACGACCAAUCUCAAUCUUUGCUUUCACAAGAAGUAAAGUUUACACCUACUUUUAUUUUGUACAGUGGGAUAGUUUUUUCAUCUCUUAUUUUUCCUUCAAUGUGUGUUUACAGUCCAGUUUUUAGGUCUUUUUCUGUUCGACAUAUAUAAGCUUCUUUUCCAGGUUCUCUGAUAUUUAGCAGGCAUAUUCAUUUGCAGUUUUUUCUUAUUAACAGCAUUAUGCAUACUCACACCUCUUGCACAGACAUUCAAUGAUAUGGAACAUAAAACCAAGUAAAAGCUAGCUAUUGAAUAAUCUAUAAACUGCAGUAGUCUAUACGUCCAAAUAAACUCUAGUAGAGUAUAUACCAAAAAGAUGAAUACCUAUCUACCUAACCUAUUUUUGAACUACUAAAAUUGAUGUUCAGCUUCAGACUUAGCAAAAAAUUAGAAUAAACCUCUUUUAUUACUUUGUUCCUCGUUAUGAUAAAUAUCCAUACAAUACUGCCCCAUUCAUACGUCUAAUCCAGAACCCGUUGAAGUUGACAGAAGACUCCCAUUGAUUCAAUGAGCUUCAGAGGAGCAUGAACAAAAGAAUGUAGGCACUCAGGCACAUAAGGGUAAAUGGAGAAAUUUCUGCAUUUUUUAUUUCAUUGAGAUUGAAAAGUGGGAAUGGGAAGUUUUCUGGUAACUAGAAGAUGAGUUUAGGGAAUCUCAUCAAAAUGUCAGCUGAAAGGAAUCCUGUCCUACAUUUCUUUUAAGCAGCACUUAAUUUUCUCUCUCUCUCUCUCUGGAUAUUGUUUGAGACACAUAUGUCUAGCAAUUGCAACAUCUAAAAUAUCUGCCUCAAAAAUAGUGGAAUUAAAAUUCUAAAUUCUUGUGAAAUUCAAAGUUGGCCUUUCUCCUCCCCCUACCCCACAGAAAACACAUACAGUAUAUAUGUAUGAAAGCAUUUGCCAUUAUAACCAUUCCUUGAAAACAAUUCCUUUAAACUACCUAUGGUGUUAAGGCUUACGGUUCAGAAAGAAAAAGGAGUACGACUUCAUCAUUUUUCUUUUUACCAAGGAUCGGUGAGAGAGAAAAAAUGCUGGUGCUCAGAAAUGAUCUACCUGACUUUGUCAUAUGUAAUAUCCAGUGAUAAAUAUAUUGUCUUGUAAAAAGGGUUUGUACAUAACUUGUACAUGGUUUCAUUUUGUAUUUUUCUCAGAUUAAAAUUUAUGUAUUUGUGUUCUAAAA